CGAGUUUAGCAGAGAGCAGGUUGAAUGUUGAUGUGCUGAAGCUCAGAAAGCCAGAGACACACAAACUCUCUGCUGCCUGUCACCGGGUCACACUGAACACAGUUUAAAGCGCUUUAAUAAUUAUUUAUCCGCUGCUGAGGAGGACAUUAUCUGAGGACAGCACCUGAAACCAAAGCAGACAAAUGACUGAGAGAUCGGACAGUUUGGUGUCAGUGGACUCUGAACUGGCACAGUGUGAGACGGAGGUCAACACUUUACUGCAGAUCAUCUCUGACCUCAACAGAAAGAUGGACUCCCUACAAAUACCACGAGAGAUGAAAGCAUGUGAGAGUGAAGUCCAGGUCAGUGGGUGCGUCCUGCAGCAGAGACCGAGAUCUCCGGCCUGCAGCCUCAUGUCGGUGGAAACUGGCCCAGCAUCUGUGGAGAGCGUCUGCGGGGACUCAGAAGGGGGCAGCAGUGAGCUUUGGAACCGGCUGCAGACGCUUCUCUCUGCUUUAGAGACCUCUAGUGGCCAAGGAAAGAAGAUGCUCAGACUGCAAACACACAACGUUGAAGCAAUCAGCGCGAAACAUCUCUCUGCGGCCCGAGAGAGCUGGGUUCAGGCCACACAGGUGCUGGAGGAGAUGGAGAGGGAUCUAGGCAUCUCGUACCCAUCUGCUCUGCCCACCGAUGAGAGACGUCAGUAUCAGAGGGAAGUUCUCUCGCUCUACAAACACAACCAAGACCUCAACGCUUCCUUGAAGAGCCGACAGGACGAGCUCAUGGGUGCUGAAAAAACCCUGGUGGAUCUGGAGGACGAGAAUAAGUUUCUACAGGAAAAGGUGGUUGAUCUGAAGAGGAAAUGGCUGUAUGGAGUGAGCUGUUCUCCUCCUGUCAGUCCAUCAUUGUCCUCCAGCCGAACUUCGAGUCCUUGUUUUUCUUCUCCUUCAUAUCCCGGAUCGCCUCUGCUGUCCCGCAAACUACCCAGCUCCAGGCCAGACUCCCCGUUGCCUCCCAGCACCAUCGAUUCUGUCCUUCAGGCUGAGACUGAAAAAAUGCAGAGGUGUCUGGAGCGACUGAAAGCUCGGAAUGAGCGUCUGAGUGCUGCGCUGGUCAGAAGGAAAGGAGAAUCAGAGCAGUUGAGCAUGAGUCUCAGCAGGCAGGAGGCAGACAGCUCGGCUCUACACAUGGCUUUGGCAUACUGCGAGGAGUGUGAGGAGGCUUACAGUGACCUGCUGUCCCUGUAUGAAGCCAGAAAACAACAGCACGCAGCAACAAAUAGCACACCCCAGCCUGACCUCUCAAAGUCAAAAGAAGAGAACUCCAAGUGUGAGUCCUCCAGUCCUCCAGAGGGCGCUGCUGAUGCCAGGCCGAACAGCUUGUCGAAGCAGGAGUUUGAGGAUAAAGCUGGAGUCAUUACGCAGAGGAUCUCCAGGCUGCAGCAGGACAGGGCUGCGGUGUGCAUCCCGCAGCGGGGCAAAGCAGGAGAGGACAAGAUCAGUCCAGACACUGGCACACUCGCAGGGGUCAGAGGUCGUGCCAGUUCACUUUCCAAAAACAACAAAGAGGAGAAAGCUGCUCUGCGAUACGAGCUGGACACAGUCAGGGAAGAGAUGUCAGAGAUGCGUGGGAAUCUCCGGCUCCUGGAGAAAGAGAGACGGUGUUUGGACAUGUCUCUUAUGGUCCAGAGUGCGCAGGAUUCUGCUACUUCUCUGAUCCUGGACAGUCUGCGAGAUGAGCUUGGGGAGAGGAGAGCAGCUCAGCAGAGAACUGCUGAAAAUCUAGCAAAAAUUGAAGGUGGAGGGGGAAUUCCUGGUCCUCGAAACCACUCCAUCCUAAGAGAACUACAGGCAGCAUUGCAAAGGGAGCAGUUACUGAGGACAAGAGUGGCAACUUUACGAGAGUCUCUGGACUCAGCGCUCACAGACUGCACCACCAACCGGAGGAUUAACAGAGAGGAGAUCGCACGUCUCUCACGCUACUACAAUAAAGUCUCAAGCACCUACAGAAGCUCCAGAAAGAAGCAGAAGGAGCAGCUGUGGCGACUGGAGAAGCAGAUUGCAGUUAUGAGCGAACGACACGCUACACAAGAGGCCGAGCUCAGCUCCACAGUGGAAGCUAUGGAGUGGAGGAGGGAGGAAACCGUACUCUGAAAGACUCUACAGCACAUUUCUUGACUUCUCAAAUAUUUUCAAAGGCUAAAGCUACUGUAAGUGGAGUUUAAGUGAGAGGUUUCCUAACAAUGGGUUAAGAAAUUUUGAUGAAAUCUCUAAAAAAGUUGUUAAAAUUGUUUCAAAAGAUGCAUGGGGAUUUUAUGCUGAACAAAGAGCAUAGAAUCACUAAGAGGCAACACUCUAGUGCAAUUUAGGAAACAGCCACUAGAUG